UAUGAAACAACGCCAUUUUGCCAAAUUCCCUAAUUUGCCUCUCAAUCCAAUGGAGGCUCUAAGACUCUACAAUGGACGAUCGAAGAACAUCAUCGAUUAACUCCGCCAGGUCUCUUCCCAUCCACACUCCCAAAUGGGCCUUCACGUUCUCAGAGCCCCUCCUUUCUCUUCCUCCACAUCCAUAAUCUUCAAACCCACUUCUUCCGCUUCGCUUCUCUUCAAAUUUGGCUAUGCUUUCAACUCUCCUUCCUCCACCAGAACCUAUUUCCGAGUUUCUUCACUCAAAUAUGUUGCUUCUCCUCCAACUUCAAUUCCGCUUUCUGGGUAUUUCUCUCGGAGAACUCGUAGGUUUCAUGGUGGGUUCAUUGCAGCUACUGCGGCACCUGGGUCUGUCAAAAAAUCCGAGGAAUUGAGGCCUUCCGUUUCGCCUGACCAAUCUUGGGUCCAGAGACAAAAUGGGAUUGAACCCUUAACAGGUUCCGAAGUGCCUUUAAGAGGUCGUAUUUACCAUGAAACUUACGGGUGUCAAAUGAAUAUUAAUGAUAUGGAGGUUGUUCUAUCAAUCAUGAAAAAUGCUGGAUAUAGCGAAACUGUCGACGUUCCAGAGACGGCGGAGGUCAUUUUUAUCAACACUUGUGCAAUCAGGGACAACGCCGAACAGAAGGUGUGGCAGAGACUUAAUUACUUUUGGUUUCUGAAGAGGGAAUGGAAAAGUAAUGUUGCCAUUGGAAGGUCGCAGUCUCGACACCCUCCGAAAGUAGUCGUUUUGGGGUGCAUGGCGGAGAGGUUGAAAGAUAAGAUACUAGAUGCAGACAAGAUGGUCGAUGUAGUUUGUGGACCUGAUGCUUACCGAGAUCUACCAAGAUUAUUGGAUGAAGUAGAUUAUGGUCAAAAGGGUAUCAACACACUUCUUUCCCUUGAAGAAACUUAUGCAGACAUAAGCCCCGUACGAAUAUCGAAAAAUUCUGUCACUGCGUUUGUAUCCGUGAUGAGAGGUUGCAACAAUAUGUGUUCGUUCUGCAUUGUUCCUUUCACUCGGGGCAGAGAACGGUCACGUCCUGUUGAAUCAAUUGUGUCUGAGGUCAGGGAACUUUAUAGAGAAGGUGUGAAAGAAGUAACUCUUCUGGGCCAGAAUGUUAACAGCUAUAACGAUAUCAUCGAUAAUACUGAUGUCGAACCAGGGACUAACUGGAAACUCAGUGAUGGAUUUUCGACCAUAGCCAAGGUAAAGAAAAUGGGUUUGCGUUUUUCUGAUCUUUUAGAUCGUCUUUCCACAGAAUUUCCUGAGAUGAGGUUUCGAUACACAUCUCCACAUCCUAAAGACUUUCCCGACGAAUUCCUUUAUUUGAUGCGAGACAAACACAACAUUUGCAAAAGCAUCCAUUUACCUGCUCAGAGCGGGAAUAGCACGGUUCUCGAAAGAAUGCGUAGGGGAUAUACACGAGAGGUCUACUUGGAUCUUGUUCACAAGAUUCGAUCAAUCAUUCCGGACGUGGGAAUAACUAGUGAUUUCAUUUGUGGUUUCUGUGGCGAGACCGAAGAAGAACAUGCCGACACUCUAAGUCUGAUUAAGGAAGUCGGAUACGAUAUGGCUUACAUGUUUGCAUAUAGCAUGAGGGAAAAAACUCAUGCACAUCGAAACUAUGUCGAUGACGUUCCAGAGGAAGUGAAACAGAGAAGACUCACUGAACUCAUCGAAACGUUUCGAAACAGUACAGGACAAUGUUAUGAUAUGCAAAUUGGUAGUAUCCAAUUGGUUCUUGUUGAAGGACCAAACAAGAGAGCCCUAGAGACGGAGAUGAUCGGCAAGAGUGACCGAGGUCAUAGAGUUUCGUUUGUUAAUGUAGCUAUUCCACAUCGAGAUGGCGAUUACGAUGGACAACGGAAAGUGGCGAUUGGUGACUUUGUUGAAGUUCGUAUAUCGAAAUCGACACGAGCAUCAUUGUUCGGAGAGGCACUUGCUGUUACAAAACUGAGCUCAUUUUACAACAGUAUGGAUGAAUCAAUUGCUUGUGUGAGCUGAAGUUCUAAUGAAUUUUGAUCAUUUUGAUUUGUGAUGAAAUGUUUAAUACACUUGGGGUACUUUAUUUAUUAGUUUCAUUGCACGUUUUCUUCUAUUCAAAGUGUAAAAAUGUCAUUGAAUCUUGGC